AUGGCUAUCACUGUCCCCGUUGGUGUCACUGUCCCGAAGAUGCUGCCCGUCACGGGCGCCUUCGCUCUUCCUUUCGCCGCCUACUUCGCCAUCCUCUCGGUGCGUGUCGUGGGCUGCCGUCUUCGCGACGAGUGCUUCGUCGGAGACGACAGCAGCGUCAGCUCUCCCGCCUUCGGCAAGGACACCGCCAAGCCGAAUGAGCUCAAGGUCGCCUCGCGCGCGCACGCCAACUUCAGCGAGAAUGUGCCGCUGGCCCUCAUCCUCGCCGCCUUCGCUGAGCUCAACGGCGCCAACCGCAAAGCGCUCACCGGGCUGUUGAGCGCGCUGUUCGCCUUCCGCGUCUUGCACGCCGAGUUUGGCCUCCGCGCCGAGGGCGCAAUGGGCAAGGGCCGUCCGAUUGGCUUCUUUGGCACUCUUGGAGUCGUGGGAGGGCUUGCGGGCUACAGUGCCUGGCUGGUCAAGGAAUACUGGGGACUGUGA